AUGGCUGGGCGAGUUAAAGUUGUGAGUGACCAACGUAUAUCUGAUAUAGGAAAAAGUAGAGUGCCACCAAACUCUCCAUUGGACAGUGACAAUCUUUCAAUUGUAGUAUUCGGAUUAAAUUAUACUCAGGAUGAAAGGCUAGAAGAGAAGAUUUACAAAGUAAUCAGAACUCUUGGUGACGAAACAGUUAAUCAAGUUAAAGAAACCAAUGUUAAACGUUUUAAUUCAAGAACUGACAAACCAGGACUAAUCAAAGUGAGUUUUGAAAAUAAUCAACAACGAAACAUUGUGUUAUCUAACAAACGUAAACUUAUGAGAGCUUACAUACCUCCGAUCAACUCAGACUACAGUUCAAUUGAAAUGUUUGACAUUAUUGAGGAUUCUUAUCUGAAACUGUGCAGUGACAAAUCUGAAUUUUGUUUAUUGGGUGAUUUUAAUGCCAGAACAAGUGAAUAUGAUGACUUCUUAUCGCCUGACGACUAUAGAGAAGAAGUUGAAGACUUAGAUUUCUACAUCAAAAAUAGGUUCGAGCAAAAUACAGCAAUUGCUUCAUAUGGAGGAACACUAGAACGCAGCAAUAAGGAUAAAGUUUUAAACAGAUAUGGUGAGAGACUUCUUGAAAUGUGUAUAAAUCUUGGAAUAUAUAUACUGAAUAGUAGAUCAGAAACUGAUAAGAACAUUGGGGCUUUUACCUGUGCAGGUAGUUCAGCUGUGGAUUAUGCGAUUUGUUCGCCAGGACUAUUUCGAUACACAAAGGAGUUUACUAUAUGUGAGUAUAACCCCUUGUAUUCAGAUAAGCAUUGUCCAUUAUCACUUAUACUCUAUCAUCGUGAAAUACUGAUACCAGAUAAUAAAACGCACCAAACAGAAAAGUAG